AUGUUUUUUACUCCUAUUUUUCAAUUUUUCCUAAUAAUUCUCUUCAUCACCCCAAGCUAUUCAAAUACAGAAUGUGUACAGGUUAUAGGACGCUUGUUAUGCAAAAAUGGUCAGAAACUAGUAAUUGGUUCGGUUGUUGAACUUUGGGAAUUGGACAGUCCUCCAAAUUCAAAAAUAGGCGCUCAAUCAAACAUAUUUGACCCGGAUGAUGAGGCAACAAAAUAA